AUGCCAUCUGCCGAAUUCGAAGAGAAAGCCAAAGCUGUUUCCAACUUGAAGACCCGUCCUGACGACGACGCUCUCUUGAAGUUGUACGGUCUCUACAAGCAGGCCACUGUCAGCGACAACAACACCGACAAACCUGGUAUGUUCGACUUGAAGGGCAAGUACAAGUGGCAAGCCUGGAAGGACUUGGAGGGUACUUCUCAGGAGGACGCCGAGCAGCAGUACAUUGCCUUUGCCACCGAGUUGAUCGAGAAGGAUAACUAG